AUGAGCUCUCGACAUAGAGAUAGAAGCCGAUCACGGUCGCGUGAUCGUGAUCGUCUUAAGGACAGGGAUAAGGGACGGGAACGGGACCGGGAUAAGGAUAGGGAUAGAGAGAGGGACCGGGAUCGGGAUAGGGAUCGAGACCGAGACAGGGAUCGCGACCGAGAUCGAGAGAGGGACAGAGACCGAGACCGAAACAGGGACCGGGAGAGAGACCGGGACCGGGAGAGAGAGCGGCACCGGUCGAAGAGGGAUAAAGACCGUGACAGAAGCCGCAGCCGCGACCGCCAUAAAGAAAAGAGACGCAGCCGCUCUCGAAGCAGGAGCAGGAGUCGCGGCAGGAAAUCAAAAGACAGGGAUGGUACAAUAGCUUUGUUGGAUCAAAUGGUGGGCACCACGACCAAGGCGACGGCUCGCCAGGUGGCCGUCCCCACCUCCAUGAACCCUGCCACACAAGCGGCCAUACUGGCAGCAGCGGCCGUGGCUCAGACGUUUGUGGCUCAGCGGCGGCUGGCGGCGCCCGUGCAGCCCGCGGCGGCGGCGGCGGCGGCCCUGUCCGCGGCCACCGCCAUCCCUCCGCCCACCUCCGUGCAGCAGAAGCUGGAACUGCUGCAGGCGCGCACCGAGGGCCGCUACAGGGACAAGCAGCCCGACCACCACCCCGACGACGACCACGACGACGGACAGGGUCCUCCCGGGGAGACGGCGGCCGAGCGCCGGGCCCGGCGGCGCCGCACUCGCUGGAUGGGCUCCGAGCACGACAAGACCUUCAUCCCGGGCCUGCCCACCGUGCUGCCCUCCACGCUCACUCGCGAGCAGGAGGAGCAAUACCUACUUCAGCUGCAGAUCGAGGAGGUGAGCCGCAAGCUGCGCUCGGGCGACCUCGGCAUCCCGGCCAGCGUGGACGAGAGGUCUCCGUCGCCCGAGCCGAUCUACUCCACGGACGGCAAGCGGCUGAACACGCGCGAGUACCGCACCAGGAGGAAGCUGGAGGAGGAGAGACACCGGCUCGUCACGCGCAUGCAUCAGAUCAACCCCGAGUUCAAGCCGCCGCCCGACUACAAGCCGCCCAUAGUCCGCGUGCACGACAAGGUGAUGAUCCCUCAGGAGGAACACCCCGACAUCAACUUCGUGGGUCUGCUCAUCGGGCCGCGAGGCAACACGCUCAAAGCGAUGGAGAAGGAGACCGGCGCGAAGAUUAUAAUAAGAGGGAAGGGCUCCGUGAAGGAGGGCAAGGUGGGACGGAAGGACGGCCAGCCGCUGCCGGGCGAGGACGAGCCGCUACACGCGUACAUCACCGCCACCAACGCUGACUGCGUCAAGAAGGCCGUCGAGAAGAUCAAGGAGGUGAUCCGUCAGGGGGUGGAGGUGCCCGAGGGACAGAACGACCUGCGCCGCAUGCAGCUGAGGGAGCUGGCGCAGCUCAACGGGACGCUCAGGGAGAGCGACUCGCCGCGCUGCGCCAACUGCAGCGCCGCCGACCACAAGACGUGGCUCUGUCCGGACAAGCCGAACGUGACCAACAGUAUCGUGUGCUCGUCGUGCGGCGGCGCGGGACACAUCGCGCGGGACUGUCGCGCCAAGAGGCCGGGCCACGCGCCGCCCGCCCUGCAUCACGACAAGGCUAAGAUCGACGAGGAGUACAUGUCGCUGAUGGCGGAGCUGGGCGAAGCGCCGCCCGGGGUCGGCGGGAGCUCCGGCCCGGCCGCCGCGCGCCGCACGCACGGACCCUUCGCCCCCGCGCCGCCGCCGAGAGCUAUCAUGCCGGCUCCUGGCAACAUGGGCGGGUUCCACGCGAUGUCUCACCCGCCGCACCCCCCGCACCCUCCGCCGCACGCUCCCUGGCUCGGCGCGGUGUCCACCGGAGCGUCCGUGAGCGCGGCCCAGCCCCCCCCGCCCGGCAGCGCGCCCCCCUUCCCCCCGCCGCCGCCGCACCAGACUGACGGCACCCUCCCGCCGGGUUCCUCGCCGCACCUGCCGCCGCCGCCAGGUAUGCUGGCCGGUGGUCCGUGGCGCGGGUUCGCCCCCCCUCCUCCCUGGGCGGCCCCCCCGCCCGCCGCUCUGUUCGCUCCUCCGCCGCCGCCCCCGCCGGUCUCCUCCGCAUGA